AUGUCUAUUCCCAGAGCUGUCAAUCAUUAUCCAGCCAGCAUAUUGUUCAGAAGGUGGAGCUGUCAGGCAGAAGGAUUAAAAGGAAGCGAUACUGGGAUUGGACAUGCACUGGCUAAAUACCUGGACAGCCUGGGCUUUGUUGUGUUUGCUGGGGUUUUGAAUAAGGAUGGACCUGGAGCUGAGGAACUGAGACAGACCUGUUCUCAGAGACUCUCUCUCCUGCAGCUGGAUAUAACCAAUGCCACCCAAGUCAAAGAAGCCUAUAAAAAAGUCUCAGAGAAGUUGCAAAAUUCAGGACUUUGGGGAGUUGUGAACAACGCGGGCAUCCUGGGCUUCCCUGCUGAUGGUGAGCUGCUCCCCAUGAGCACAUACAGGCAGUGCAUGGAGGUCAAUUUCUUUGGGGCUGUAGAUGUGUCCAAGACCUUCUUACCCUUACUUCGGAAAUCCCAGGGGAGGCUGGUGAAUAUGUCCAGCAUGGCAGGAGGCAUUCCACUGCCGAGGUAUGCUGCAUAUGGUGCAUCAAAAGCAGCUCUGUCCAUGUUUUCUGGAGUAAUGAGGCAAGAGCUUUCCAAAUGGGGAAUUCAAGUUGCUGCAAUUCAUCCAUCAGGCUUCCGAACAGGUAUACAAGGCACAUCCGACCUGUGGGAUAAGCAGGAAAAGGAGCUGAUGGAGAACCUCCCAGCAGACACAAGGCAAGACUAUGGUGAAGACUACCUCCUGGGGCUGAAGAGCUACCUCCUGCAGAUGCCUGCGUACUGCGACGCCGACCUCUCCCCUGUGCUGACAGCAAUCCUGCAUGCCUUGCUGGCCAGGAGACCACACGGCUUGUACACCCCUGGCAAAGGGGCGUACGUGCCCCUCUGCAUCUUUUGCUACUUUCCUCUCUGGUUCUAUGACUUUUUCAUUAGUAAGAUGCUGAGUGCUGAGUCUGUCCCAAGGGCACUGAGGACAUCAGAAGCUGAAAGCAAACAUCUCUAAGGUAUCCAUCAGCAUUUGUCUUGCUUGAUGAGAGAACUGGGAAAAACUAUUUCAAGACACUGCUCUUUAUUUUAGUGUCUUUGUUAAAUUGUAUUUACACUGCCUUGCAAGCAGAGGUAAAUCUCUGUGUUAAGAGUAAUGUUCAGGAAUAGCAGUGGAUGAGCAGAAAUAGACAACUAUCCCCUGAAGGGGCAUUUUUGGAGAAAUGUCAGUGUUUUCCUGAUGUCUUUGUAUCUUGCCUCCUGUGUAAGGUAUCUCAUGAGGUUAUAUAGUUCCUGUCUGCUUCAGAGGGAACCACCAGCACACAGACAGAUGUAUAACCUGUUUUUUUAAACAAAACAAAAAAUAAAUCCUCAGGAGUCAACCACCUUCUUCAACUUGAUAAACAUUAUUCCUAUUAUUGGAGAGACUUAGAAAUGUCUAAUGCAAGUCUUUUUCACUGCAGCUUCAGCCUAAUAUGUGGCGUGGUUUAUUUUUUGCUUCUGUUGCUGUUGGACCUGAGAAAUUAUUGCCCUUUUUUCCUCCAGAUUUUCUAAAGUAAAUUUGUCAUGCUUAUAAUAUCUCUUCUUUGCUAGACUAAGCAACAUAAAUUAGUUGGGGAAUAAAUUAACAAAGAUAGAUCAAGACCUUCACAAAGAAGCAAACAAUCUCCUUCCUUCAGUGUUAUAAAAGGUAACAGUAAGUACAUCAGCUACUACUUUGAUAA